CAAUACCUGCCCUCCUCGGGUCCUUCCAACCUCGGCCUCUCCGCGCCCGCCGCCACAUUGCCAUCGCCAUCGCCGCCGCAUCCACCCACGGGCCCACCAAACGACCUCGCUGCGCCCACCCGUCCGCCCCCAUCUAGCUCAGCGGUCCCGCACAACCGACCACUCGGCAGAAUGCCGCCGCUUCGGCCUCCGCCGCCGCGGCUCCUGCUCAACAACGUCUCGUGCAUGCGGAACGCGCAGACGGUGCUCCGCGACAUCAACCUCAGCGUCCACGACGGCACAGCCCUCGUCCUGACCGGUGCGAACGGCUCCGGCAAGACCACCCUCCUCCGCAUGCUGGCGGGCUUUUCGCGUCCCUCGGCGGGGGAGAUCCUCUGGAAUGGUCACGACAUCACCUCCCCGGGCGUUUUCCAGCAGUACAAGCUGCAGCUCAACUGGAUGUCGCUCAAGGACGCCGUCAAAGAGAAGCUCACGGUGCUCGAGAACGUCCAGUGGUUCGAGCUCCUCGAGGGGAAGGACGGCAGCAGGUCGGGCCCAGCCAUCGAGCUCAUGGGCCUCGGCAGGCUCAUGAACGAGAAGGCCAGGAUGCUCUCCAUGGGGCAGAGGAAGCGGCUGCAGCUCGCCAGGCUGCUCGCUAUCGACCGACCCAUCUGGCUGCUGGACGAGCCCUCAGUCGCGCUGGACGCAGAGGGUACCAGGCUGCUUGAAUACAUUAUCGCAGAGCAUCGGAAGAAGGGUGGCAUCGUGUUUGUGGCCACACAUCUGCCCAUUCAGAUUGAGGAUUCUAUGUCGCUUCGGCUUCCGCAGAGGUUUCCCCGGAGGAAGACGCUGGUUGAUCUUGUCCGCUGAUGUCAAUGUGAGAUUGUGAGCACAGGAAUUUAGCUGUAUCUCUCUAAUUCCUCUCCAGCUAUCUGUCUGAUUGCUGUUGGAGCAAUUACUCUGGUGCUGCAUUUGUCAUCCUAUUUUUGACAACAUGGCAACACAUUGUCGAUGUUGAUAAUCUGUAGGGGUCUUUGUGAUCACCGAUUCGAUGCAUUGGCCCAUGUAUUUGGGGACACUAGAAAGCAUUUGCCAUGGCUGAUAUAUGUAUGGCUGUUCUUUGUGAUCAUGGUUUUGAUGCAUUGACCCACUUAUAUAUAUGGCACUUGCUUGCAGAAACUCUGUUAGCUGUUCAAUGUCUUGCAGGUUUUCUCAUGCCUUGCAUAUCCAUGUGAAGCUUCAAGUGUUGGAGACUGGGAAACUUGACCAAAUAUGGGGAGACCUCUGGACAGGAUCAGAAUUAGAUGUCUGAGUAGAGUGUCUGUUUUCUCACAUUAUUGUGCAUUGACUAAGGAUGUUAGAGUGGACGCACUAACCAGUUCGAUACAAAAGCUUAAGCUGAUGAGAGAAGAUAGUUUAUCCACCUAUACACUUCAACACCCCCACUCACGUGCAACCGGAGAGAAAGGCGCAAGCGCAAACGUGGAAAUAAAUGGGUGGAAGCACAAAUAAAGACUCUGCCGGAAUUUGAACUUGAGACCUCUGGUUUUGAUACCAUGUUAGAGUGGACGCAUUAACCAGUUCAACGCAAAAGUUUAAGCUGUUGGGAAAAGGUAGUCAAUCCAUUUAUACACUUCAACAUAGGCCAUAUUGACAAAGUUUGGAGCCCACUGGACAGAACUAGAUAUACAUUAUGCAAGAGAAAAGAAAGCCAAAGAACAAGAUAAAUCCUACAGAACAUUGCAUAUUCAUUGCUGUGUUUCUGUGAUUUCCACCUGAAAUUCUUUACGUGGUUACUGCCUUGCUGAUUGCUGUAAGAAAAGAGCAGUGAAUGCAGCAGAAGUCUCUAGGGACCAUUGGAGGUGCUCUAUGACCCCAUUCUGGUGGUAGCUGGUCCACUAUUCAAGACAAGGAUAUUUACCUUAAUUAUGUUUUUUGUGGAAGAAAGAGAGAGAACUCGUUUGAUCGGAAAGGGAAAUUCCAAGAUCCAAAGAUAUACAAGUAUUAGAUAGCAGAAAGAUGGAAAAUAGGUUUCGAACAAUAAGAGAGCUGGGAUCCAAGGGAAAAAGAAGCAACCCACUGGUGCUUGAAGAGUUUAUGUGGGAAAAUGAAUGGGUUGAAGAAAAUAAUGAAGCUGAUGGUGAUAGCAGCAUAUGGCAUGCUGUGGAUGAGGCGUUAGGGGCAACUCAUGCUCUCCAAGGCAGAAAUUUGCCAAGAUUAGCUGCUGCAGGUGCUGCUUCAAGUUCUCGGCCUCAACGAACCUAUGUUAGGACAAGGAAGCGUUCAAGAAAUGCAGCAGCACAAGAUAUUGGAGAAGAUGAUAGUGAUGCUCAAGAAGAUGGUAAUGCUACAACAGAUGCAGAAGAACAACAAGAACAACCACUAGAAGCAACUAGAGAUAUGGACCAAGAUGAAUCUGAAUCUGGAGGAGGGAAAGCUGCUGCUAAUGCUUUUUGCUUGGAUGCUGAUCUGCUCUAGGUAGCAGACUAGCAGGUACUCUAUAUUGUUUCACACUUUCACUUAUGUUGCAUUCACUUCCAAUUGAAAGCUGCUACUGUUAUAUUUCAGUAAUUCACUUCCGAACUUCCAAUUUAAUUUCAGUUCUAUAUGGCUUAUAUGCCUAGAAAUACAUAUAUACAUAUAUAUAUAUGGCUUAUAUGCCUAGGAAUAUACAUAGGACGACUAGGGACGACCAGAGGCCCACCAGAACCGAUUAGUCGCCCUAAUCGCGAUUAGGCGCCUGGUCGGUCCUGUCGGUCGACUAGCUGGUCGCCCGACUAGCUGGUCGCCCGACUUGAAAUCAGUGGUUCUAUAUGGCUUAUAUGCCUAGAAAUACAUAUAUACAUAUAUAUAUGGCUUAUAUGCCUAGGAAUAUACAUAGGACGACUAGGGACGACCAGAGGCCGACCAGAACCGAUUAGUCGUCCGAUUAGUCGCCCUAAUCGCGAUUAGGCGCCUGGUCGGUCCUGUCGGUCGACUAGCUGGUCGCCCGACUUGAAAUCAGUGAACGACAAGAAUAAAUAAUUACCUUGUCAAGAGACCACUAAUUUUACAAAUGUGUUCAUUUUGAUGUAUGCAUAAUGAUUUCUUACAUCUGAUAAUGUGUACAAGUGACAAUGUUUAACAUUAAUAACAAAGAACAUAUGUCUUAAUUAUAAUUUAAAUGGGGAUGGGGAUCCCCGCUGGGGAUUUAUCCCCAUGGGAAACGGGGACGGGGAAGAAAUGUUCCCCGCAAGCGUUCGUGGGGAUCCCCGCGGGAAUUUUUUUUGUCGCGGGGAUGGGGAUGACGAGCUAUUCCUCGGCGGAGAAUUCUCUGUUGCCAUCCCUAGUCAUGGCGAAUCACUUUCCUACUCCACGGUAAGCAAUAAGCAUGUCUUUGUGCCAGCGUGGCCUAACUUGUGCCAGCAGGAGCUUGAGCAGGCCCAUACCACCGACCACGAGGUGAUACAGAAGACCCUCCAGUGGCUGCACACAAAUUUCUACAUCCCUCACGACCGGGCGUUAGACUAGGAUUAUGUUCACGCGUGCGUCUCGUGCCAACACAACAAGAUGCUGACCUUCAGUCGCUCGACGUGCUGCCCCAGGUGUGGGCCGACAUCUCGAUGGACUUCAUCGAGGGCUUCCCUAUGGUCCACAGGAAGUCUGUCAUUCUUACCGUCAUCGACUGCUUCUCCAAGUAUGCGCACUUCAUUGCCUUGACCACCCAUACACAACUGCCUCAGUCAUCCACGCCUCCUUCGAGGGCGUUCUUUGUCACGUCGGCUACAUGGCUUCCCUUCCUACAUCUUCAGCGACCGUGACCUGAUGUUGACCAAUCGCAUGUGGCAUGACCUCUUCAAGAUGGCUAGUGUCAAGCUCUGCUUGAGCAUGGCGUUCCACACUUAGGCAGUCGACUAGUAGGAGGUCAUCAAUGGUGAUUGCCAUGUACCUCCAUUGCGCCAUAGUGGACCGUCCACACAUAUGUGUUGACUAGCUUCCUUGGAUGGAGUAUUGCAUAAUACUUUUGUCAGUACCCUGGAAAUGGGGUACCCGUUACUACAGUAGGAAGGUGUUGUAUCCAUGCGUCUAUCUUUAGUCGCAUGGCGAACAACACAUGACCCCACCACGUGGACGACUCCAGGGCCGCCACGUGGCCAGGAAGGACAAUAUACUCCAAGGUGGCGACAGUGGGUCCGGACCCCCACGGGAAAAUGCCGGAUCCCCGGAUGCACAGCCCGAACCUCCGGGCGAGGUUCAAGACCUCCACAGGUACAAACCAGACCCCUGGGACGGGUCCCGGACCCCUCGGGAGGGGUCCGGGCUACUCACAGUAGGGUCCCGGGAUUCCAAGGCAAAGAAUACCCAGGCCUUAAUCAAGGCCAGGUGGGGGUCCGACGCUGACACGUGUCCGGCCUAUACCGCGAGCACUCCCACUCCCCGCUCAGGCGGAGGCCUGGUGCUGCCACGUGGCCUUCUGCCCGUGACGUGAGCUCACGGGCGGAGCCUGACGUAAGGCCUCUGGGCCGCACGGCGCCGCAUUUAUCGCGGAUAAGACGCGCCGCCUGGCAGGCGAUGUGCCGCCUCGGCAUUUAAUGCGCCCUGUCCACUCCGCCUGGCAGGUGAUGUGCCGCCUCAGUAUUUAAUGCGUCUUGUCUACUCUGCUGACGGACAGUGGCCAGGCCAUCCUGCAGGCGGCGUGCCCGUUCGCUCCGGUGGCAUGCACUACGCCCGUACUGCGGCAUACACUGUACUCAUCAUCACUCGUACGUUGCCAGUGAAGCUUUCGCUGCACGCCGAUACUACGCAGGCUGCGGAUAUCAGGGCGCAAGGAGAUUGCACCGGCGACCAGCACUAGUUGCUCCAAGUAUUACAUCUGUUAUAUCCCUAGGCCCGCAUGUCGGGGCUCAACACCCUUGUACGUGCCCCCCUUCAGCUAUAAAAGGGGAGGCACGCAACGUUACAACACAGACACACUUAGACCCAGCUCAGGCUCACAAGUUCACACAAGCUCUAUACAUCACACAGUGGAGUAGGGUGUUACGCUCCGGCGGCCCAAACCACUCUAAAUCCUUGUGUGUUCUUGUGUUCAUUCAUCGCUUAGCAGACAAGCAAAACGCUUAGGCCCCUCCUCAUCUUAGAAUUUAGGGCGGGUGUAUUCCGCCACUCGGCCGGAGAAUUUCCUCUCCGACAACUUUGUUCCACAUGGCUCUCCAUACUACGCCCUUCUAGGUGGUGUAUGACCGAUCUCCGUUGCCUCUAUUUUCGCACGCUGCAGGAGCAGCUCAGACAGAGGCAGUGAAUGCCCUCUUGCGCGACCGCGAUGCCUUUUUCGUGCAGGUUUGCGAGCAUCUUCUCCGGGACCAAUAGUAUGCCAAAUGCUACUAUGACAACCGCUAUCGUGAGCUUGCGUUCGCGGUGGGUGAUUGGGUGUAGCUCCAUCUCUACCGACUAACACACCUGCUGAAGUUCUAGCCCAACAUGCUUGGGCCAUGUUUUGGUAGCCUCUUCUAGGUGUUGGAGCACGUCAGAUGGCCUAUCACCUUCAUCUUCAAGAGGGCGCUCGUCUCUACGACAUGUUCCACAUGGGGCUGCUCAAGCCGUUUCACGGGGACCCUCCAAUGACUCCACCUCUCGUGUCACCCGUACAAGAUGGUCGAUUACUGUCUAUGCUAGAACGUGUGUUGCGUGUCUAGCUACGCAGGGGUGCCUAGCGCGUUCGCAUUUAGUGAAGUGGCCUGUCCAGCUACGACACCAUAUGGGAGCCGCUUCAACACUUUAAGGACCUCUACCUCGACGUUUAGCUCGAGGAUGAGAUGUUCGAAGAGGCGGGGAAGAUGUUAUGACUGGCGUCACGUAUAGGCGAGGGUCGCGCCAGUGGUUAGGCCAUGUCAGUAGUUAUGAGCGAAAUGAGUAGGAUUUUUCUUAGACCGUGUCCAGCAAGUUACUCAUAUGGUCACCCAAAACACUUUUGCACUGUAGACUGCAAUGUUCGUAGAGUAGAGUUUGAAAUAGGAGAUGAGAUAAAAGAUAGGAUGUGUAAGCUGAUGGAGAUAGUUCACUUAGAUAUUUUGCAUUGUUUUCAUAAACCUCUAAGUAGUUUUGGAAUAAAGCAAUUAUUUUCGGCGGCCAGGUCAAGCCGUCGAAAAUAACAAACAAUUUUCGACGGCGAGGGAUGGGCUGCCGAAAAUAAUAUAGGCCGAUGUUGUGCAAGCAAGCAAUUGCCUUGCUUGGCCUCAAGGGUUCGUCUCCCACAUCUCUCCCUCUUGCUUGCCUGCUCCCUGUGCGUGACUACAGCUCCUAUGCGCCGCCGAGGGUACAAGCCCCUGCCAUCGAUCUCCUACCCGUACAACCUACGCAGUCGUAGUAGGAUCUCGGAUCCUACCAGUAGCCAACCGUAUGCAUAUACAUAUACUACAUAUCUGUAAUGGUGUAAUCACUAACUAGUAGAAGAUGCAUAUGAAGGACAGUCUCCUUUCCUUGGACUAAACAAACAAAUCUAAAUUAGUGAGUUUAUGAAUAUAGGUAUUGUGAUCAGCGAAGAUGGCCAAGAAAGCAUGCCGUGUGGGCUACAGUUUCUGUAAAUACGUGAAAAGACUUGAUAAAUUUUUGUAAUGCUGCUUGUAAUAAAUCUAGGUCAAUUUUAUUCUAAACCAUUGAUGGGCUUCGGUGUAGCCUGUUCGCUUGACUUUAAUCCGUAUCGGCUUCUAUUGCUUGUACAGUGUUUUUAUCUCUAUAGAUUACAGCUGUAGCAAUCAAACCGGCUUUAGUACUCGGGUCAAUUGAUUAGCCAUCACUUUCCACAGUCAGCCCAGGUGCUUUAAGUUUUUGUACCUCCCACAUCAGUUUAAUUCUGAUGUUAUCUGUACAAUGACAAUCUGCAUGGCAGUCCUUUUAACUCGUAAGACGUUACAAUUAAGAAGUCCAAUAAAUUAUGCAACUGAUGUCAGUUAUUAUGGCUCGUGAAGGAGUUUCGUUUGUGUCGACAGGACUUGUAGAAAACACUUGCAUCCAAGGAAAGACAGCGAGGGGUGAUGGGAAAGGACUUUGGAAGCAUGGCCCGUGCUGCUCUGAACAAGAGGAAUGUGAAAAAGAAAAGGAAGAUCACAAUAAGCAGGCUCUCUCAUAGCAACAGUCAACAAAGAGAAGGGAACCCUCGCGCAAGGACUCUCCGGUCCGACGGGCGCAGCUGGACGGGGCCCUGCAUUGUUAAAUGUGUGCUUGUCUCGUUGCUCAGAUGGUCAGUAUAUGGGUCCAUGCACACAUGCCCGAAGAUUGAUGCAGUGUUGACGGUGACCAGUGACAGUGAGCCCCCCAGCGCGCAGGCAGGCAGGCAGGCGUGCAGCGUCUUUGAAGUGAGGAAUUGAAAUGGAGGAGAGGAGAAGCCGGGUGUCACUGGCACUGGGCAUGCAGGCGAGGCGAUCUUGUGGAAGCACGUUCGGGUGUGUGUACUGGAGAUCUGGAGAGAAGGCGAACCAACUGAUGAACUGAAUUUGCGGACAAAUCUGGAGGCCAAAAGGCGCCAUUGGGGUCCCGAUUGGUUGGAAGACGACGGCAGCUUUCUGUGGAUUGGUGUGUUCCUUCUUGCCCAGGGGUGUUUGUUGGUUGUUACAGGCGGCACGGUGCGUGACCGAGUCUGGUCUGAUGUGCUCUGGCGUGCAGGAGGGUGUGAGAUGACCGACCGUCGGAAGGAAGGGCCUCUCUCUCUGGUCACUGCAGCAUCUCCUCUGUACUAAAAUGAUAUAGUUCUAGAUUUGGAUUGAGUCAAACCUUUUAAAUUUUAACUAAAUUUAAAAUUAUUAUUAUUAUUUAUGAAUAUAAGGGUAUUGUUUGGUA